UUAGACAUCCACGAAUUCUCCCUCAGACUCACCAUCCGUCAAAAUGCCCGGCAUCCCUCUCCACGCCCUCGAUAACUUGAAGGCCAAGCUCAAGGCCGCCUUCAAGAAGAAAACGGCUCCCGCCGAGACAGCUCCCGCUGACAAACCCGUCGAGACCACUGUCCCGGCCACUGAGCCCACCAGCACUGAGCCUGCUCCCCCGGCCCCUGCCACUGAACCUGUCCCCCCCGUCUCUGAUCCCACGAAGGAGGAGACUACUCCCGAGGUCAAGCCUGAGGCUCCUGUCGUGUCGGAAGCCGCCAAGACUGAGGAGGUUACUCCUGUUGUUCCUCCUACCGAGCCUGCCAAGGUUGACGCCGCUCCCCUCACCGCGGCCGUUGUCCCUACCGAGACCGCCAAGCCGGAGCCUGUUCCGGCUGCGGUCCCCGCUGUGGCCACAGCCGCCGUUACCGAGACGCCGGCCCCUCCUCCCGUCACCACCACCCCGGCCGUUGUCACUGAGGCCCCCGAGGAGAAGAAGGAAGAGGCUGCUCCUCCUGCUCCCGCCGCCGCUGCUGUCCCGGCUCCCACUGCCACUGCCUAAACGCUCCUCGGUGUUGCUCCUAUCCGUGCCAACCUGCAAGCUCACUCAAGUAUGUUGAUGUCGUGGGGAUGUUGAAUGAAGGGCUAGCAUGGGUGUGUCCGAGUAAUUGUGGA